CCCACUCUCUCUCUAAACAAUUAUAUAUUUAUUUUUCUAUUUAUAUAAAAAAACCCGUCACACCUUAACCGUUUGUUUUCCGAUGUCCGGCAGAGGACGUGGAGGAACGGCACCUGGUCGUGGGCGUGGACGUGGACGUGGACGCGCCGGUGAACUUCCGGUUUCGUCGUUCCAGAACCUCUCUAUAGGUUCGUCGGCGCCGUCUCCGGCCGGUCCACCUGUAAUGCAGCAACAGCGUCCGGUUCAACAAGCGGUGGCGGCUGCUCCGUCGCCGUCUCCGUCCGUACCGUCGGCACCUAUGUCGUCGAAGAAGCUAGCCGCUCCGCCGAGGGCUGGUUUUGGUACUGUUGGUAGAAAGUGUGUGAUUAAGGCGAAUCACUUCCUCGUCGAUCUAGGCGAGAAAGAUCCGUACCAAUAUGAUGUGACAAUUACCCCUGAGGUAACUUCAAAGACAAAAUGUAGAGAUAUCAUGAAUAUUCUUAGCAAGUUUUACAAGGCUUCACACAUGGGAAACAUGUUGCUUGCUUAUGAUGGGAAGAAAAGUGCAUUUGCCGCUGGAGCUCUGCCGUUCGAGUCAAAAGAGUUCGUUGUAAAACUCGAAGAGCAGCAGCGUGAAAAAGAGUUCAAGGUGACUAUUAAGUUUGCUGCUCGAAAGGAUCUUCAUCACUUGAGACAGUACUUGGCUGGAAGACAAAGUGAUAUACCACAAGAGACUAUUCAAGCUCUUGAUGUGGUUCUGAGGGAGUCUGCUUCUAAAAACCGUGAAAUAAUUGGCCGGUCACUGUUCACUCCUGAUGGCAAAGGUGUUCUAGGUGAUGGUGUUGAGUUUUGGAAAGGGUUUUACCAGAGUAUGCGACCAACGCAAAUGGGCAUGUCACUCAACAUUGAUAUGGCUGCAAGGGCUUUUUAUGAACCGAGGUUGGUCUCAGAUUUUGUUGGAGAAUUUCUUGGCAAAGAUAUAUCAAGGCCACUUUCAGACCAAGAACGUCUUAAGGUCAAGAGAGCUCUUAGAGGUGUUAGGGUUGAAGUUCGCCGGAAGGAUUACAUGAGGCGCUAUAAGGUUAACGGAUUGACUGCUCAACCGCUUAACCAGCUAACCUUUGUUGAUGAAACGGGAGCAACUACAACUGUUGUUCAAUACUUCCGUACCAAGUACAAUAUCCAGAUUCGUUUUCCCUUUCUUCCUGCUAUUCAAGCUGGGACAGAAGCGAAGCCUACGUAUCUGCCUAUGGAGACUUGCUGGCUUGCUGGGGGACAAAGGUAUGCUUUGAAGCUAAAUGAGAAGCAAGUGACUAACUUCUUAAGGGCUACUUGCCAACGCCCAAAAGAUAGAGAAGAAAGCAUUAUGAGGACAAUGCAGAGUAACAAGUACAAUGAUGAUGAUCUAGUGAACAAAGAUUUUGGCAUGCGGGUGAAGGAACAGCUUACAACAAUUGAUGCACGAGUUCUUCCACCACCUCCUCUCAAGUAUCAUGGUUCUUCAGAGAUUAAUCCAUUGGUUGGUCAAUGGAAUAUGAUUGAUCUGAAAAUGAUAAAUGGAGGCACUGUCAAUUAUUGGGCUAUCGCCAACUUUUCAAGGCAAAGAGAAGAUGCUGUUGGACGCUUUUGCCAUGAACUUGUCCAGAUGUGUAUGAACAAAGGAAUGGUAUUUAAUCCCCAGCCACUGAUCCGAAUGUUUUCUGCUCCGCCUCACAACAUUGAGAAGGCCCUGGCUGAUAUUCUCUCUCAGUGUAACACACAACUAACGAGUGUUGCACCUGGAAGCCAGCUUCAAAUGCUGUUUGUGAUUCUUCCAGAGGCAAAAGGAACUUAUCCAAGAAUCAAGCGAGUCUGCGAGACAGAGUUGGGGAUUGUUUCUCAGUGCUGUAAACCGCAACAUGUGAUGAAGCUCAGCAAGCAAUACCUUGAGAAUGUGGCUUUGAAGAUUAAUGUUAAGGUGGGGGGCAGGAACCUGGUUUUGUCUGCAGCUCUCAAUAAUAAGCUUCCAUAUGUAACUGAUCGGCCAACUAUAAUCUUCGGGGCCGAUGUCACUCAUCCUUCACCAGGAGAAGAUUCAAGCCCUUCAAUUGCUGCUGUGGUAGCGUCUAUGGAUUGGCCCCAAGUCACCAAGUAUAAAGCCCUAGUCUCUGCACAGUCACACAGACAGGAAAUUAUUCAGGAUUUGUACACAACUUCCACUGAUUCAAAAAGGGGUAUAGUUCAUGGAGGGUUAAUAAGGGAGCUCUUGAUAUCUUUUAAGAAAUCUACUGGACAUAAACCUCAUCGAAUUAUAUUCUACAGGGAUGGUGUCAGUGAAGGACAGUUUAAUGAGGUUCUUUUGAGCGAGAUGGACAAAAUCCGCAGGGCUUGUAUCUCUUUGGAGGAGAACUAUAUGCCUCCUGUAACAUUUGUGGUUGUUCAAAAGAGGCAUCAUACUCGUUUCUUUCCCUCUAGGCAUGGUGAUAGGGGUACCACUGAUAGGAGUGGAAAUAUUCUUCCUGGUACUGUGGUUGAUACCAAAAUCUGUCACCCUACUGAAUUCGACUUCUACUUAUGUAGCCAUGCUGGUAUUCAGGGAACGAGUCGUCCAACGCACUACCAUGUGCUAUAUGAUGAGAACAAAUUUACCGCUGAUGGGUUACAAAUGCUCACAAACAGUUUGUGUUACACAUAUGCUAGGUGUACCCGAUCUGUUUCUAUAGUCCCUCCUGCAUACUAUGCUCACUUGGCCGCGUUCCGUGCUCGUAACUACAUUGAAGGAGGAGAUCUAUCUGAUAGUGAUUCACGUGGUGCACGAACAACAAGGGAGAAAGCUGCUGCAGUCAAACCACUACCAGUAAUUCAUGAUAAUGUGAAAAGUGUGAUGUUCUACUGUUAGGUGUUCUAGGGUGAAAUUUUAGAUUUGAUAUGAUGGUGGAAUCAGCUAAUGGGUUUUUCCAUGGGGUUUUUGUUGGCUAAGUUAUCCCCAUGUAGAUGGAUUGUAAAUAAUAAGUAGUACAAUUGCAAAGCAAAGCAUCGUGUGCUUUUGCUGGUGCCAAACUUGCUAGAUUUGACUGGCUCCUAACCUUUUACAUGAUGCUUUUGAUGAACAUGAUCUGAUUUUGAAUGAAUAGGAAGGUUAACUUUUGGUAUUA